UUUCGCUCAAUUUUUUUUUUUUCCGAAGACAAUUGGUGGUGCGUGAAAGGCGUGAAUUGGAAUUUGGCGCUCCUCUAGUGGAAGACUUACAGUAUAAAUUGGUGGUGGGAAAAUAAAUAAAUAGGCCAGGCCGUGUUUGGUUGGUUUUCACUUACUGUAUGGAUUGGAUGGCGUUUUGAAAAAGACCGAUUCUAAAUUCUCCCUAAGAACUACGGAGUAGUAAUUACACUUGCAGAGAGAGAGAGAGAGAAAAAAAUGGAUCUAGUGGAGAAGGCGAAGAAUUACGUCGGCGAGAAGCUGGCGAGCAUGCCGAUGCCGGAGGCCAGCAUCUCCGACGUGGAUGUCAAGGGCAUUUCCGUCGACGGCAUCUCGUAUCACGUCAAGGUCGACGUCAAGAACCCUUACUCCUCCUCCAUUCCCAUCUGCGAGAUCAGAUAUGCCCUCCACAGUGCCGAUAGGGAGAUAGCUUCAGGGACAAUACCAGACCCGGGGUCACUGAAAGGGAACGAAACCACGGUGGUUGAUGUGCCGGUAAAGGUGGCACACAGUGUGCUACUGAGCCUGGGGAGGGACAUCGGCCGCGAUUGGGACAUCGACUACCUCCUCAACCUGACCCUCGUCGUCGACCUUCCCCUCAUCGGAAACAUUUCCAUCCCUCUCUCCCGCCGCGGUGAGAUCAAGCUCCCAACUCUCUCCCAUUUCUGGAACAGAUCUGGUGAUUCUUAACUCAUAUAUAGGAAUCCAUAAUUCCAUGCUUUCCUCCAUUAACUGUUUGCUGCUAUGUACUUUUUCUUUUGACCAUGGAAAUAAAAUGAAGAUGAUGAGGGUGAAUCAUGUUUAUUGGAUUUAGUUCUCUUCUACUAUUAAUAAGUUGACUUUCGAUAU